AUGAAGCAGAUACAUCCGGAAAAGGACAGAAAUCCUUCGAUCGAUUCAAAUCAAGAAAACAAUUUAUGCGUUGCAUUUGGUAAUGAAACUUCAGGGAGCCACUACAGUGUACCAAGAUGCGACGAAAAUAAGGUAUACAGUACAGGUGAAGAACAGAAUGGCGGAAAUACAACAGUGUAUAUCACAUCAACCGGUUUUGAAGAGCAACAAUUGCCACUGGAUUUUGGCAAUCCAAUGAGCGCAAAUAAUUCAAUGGAUGAAUGGAAUCAAAUUCCGGUGACACGGAAUGAAGGACAAGCAAACGUAUUUCAGUUACACAACAAUGGGCUUCAAAACAAAGCAUUACCAGAAAGAGCAGUAACUGGAGGAUUUACCAGAGAAAUGAAACGAAAAACGAAAGAUUUUUGCGUUGUUUGUGGUGAUAAUGCAUCCGGUUAUCACUACAAAGCUUUAACAUGUGAAGGAUGUAAGAGUUUCUUUCGACGAAGCAUACAGAAGAAAGCGGAGUACGAAUGCUCUAGGGAUGGUAAUUGUAUAGUAACGGUAGAAGGUAGAAAUAAAUGUCAAAGCUGUCGCUUGAAGAAAUGUCUUAAAAUGGGAAUGGAUCCGAAUUCUGUAAAUAUAAAGCAAUAA